AUGCAGUUGCCGAAACACAUGAAGAUAGCCGCGGGCUGCACCGGAGCGGCCAUAUUUGGGAUACUAUUCGGAUGGGUAAUCUUUCCCACAAUAUUGAAAAGUCAACUGAAAAAGGAAAUGGCGUUGUCGAAGAAAACGGACGUGCGAAUGAUGUGGGAGAAAAUACCUUUCGCACUUGACUUUAAAGUAUACCUCUUCAAUUACACGAACGCCGAGGAAGUGCAGAAAGGCGCCUUACCGAUUGUGAAGGAAGUAGGACCUUAUUAUUUUGAGGAAUGGAAAGAAAAGGUAGAUGUUGAAGACCAGGACGAUACAGACACGAUCAAUUACAAAAAACUCGAUAAGUUUUACUUCAGAAAGGACCUGUCUGGACCAGGAUUAACAGGAGAGGAAGUAUUGGUUCUGCCUCAUAUAUUUAUGAUGGGUUUGACCACAGUAGUUUCACGAGAAAAACCAGCCAUGCUUAGCAUGUUGGCAAAAGCUCUGAACGGUAUAUUCGACAGCCCAAGCGACGUUUUCAUCAGGGUAAAAGUCUUAGACCUUCUGUUCCGUGGCGUUGUUAUCAACUGCGCGAGAACUGAAUUCGCUCCGAAAGCAGUGUGUACGGCUUUGAAGAAAGAAGCAGCAGAUCGAUUGAUAUUUGAACCUAAUAAUCAGUACAGGUUUUCUUUGUUUGGUCUGCGUAAUGCGACUGUUGACAAACACGUGAUCACUGUAAAGCGAGGCAUCAAGAACGUGAUGGAUGUCGGUAAAGUCGUCGCCAUUGAUGGUAAGUUGGAACAGGAUAUGUGGAGCGAGCAUUGCAAUGAGUAUCAAGGCACAGAUGGCACCGUUUUCCCGCCAUUUCUAACUGAAUUCGAUAGAUUGGAGUCAUUUUCUCCAGAUUUGUGCAGAACGUUUAAGCCUUGGUAUCAAAAGAGGAGCUCAUAUCGCGGCAUAAAGACCAAUCGCUACAUCGCCAACAUUGGGGACUUUGCCAACGACCCAGCUCUUCAUUGUUUUUGCGAAGAUCCAAACAAAUGUCCUCCAAAAGGUCUCAUGGACUUGGCAAAGUGUAUUGGAAUACCAAUGUAUGCCUCAUUGCCACACUUUUACGAUUGUGAUCCUGAAAUAUUAAACAAUAUAAAAGGCUUAAAUCCAGAUGUCAAUGAACAUGAAAUUGCGAUUGACUUUGAACCAAUAACAGGAACACCAAUGGUUGCGAAACAAAGAGUUCAAUUCAACAUACAACUACUGAGAACUGAUAAAAUUGAACUUUUCAAAGAGUUGCCAGAUGUUAUUGCACCUCUUUUUUGGAUUGAAGAGGGCUUAGCUUUGAAUAAAACCUUCGUCAACAUGCUCAAGCACCAGCUGUUCAUCCCCAAGCGUAUAGUCGGAGUUAUCCGCUGGCUUCUCGUUGCGUUUGGCUUUCUCGGAAUGUCGGCCUGCCUGGUUUUCCAUUUCAAAGACAACAUAAUGCGCUUCGCCGUUUCCCCCGACUCUGCUUCCGGCACCAAAGUCAACCCGGAGAAUAAUGAACAGAAGGAAAUAAGCAUCGUGGGAAGUGAACCUCCGAAAAUCGAAACAUAGAAUUUUAUUACACGUUAUUGCAUAUAAAACUAUCAGUCAGCUGAUUGAUUUGAAUAUUUAGU